AUGGUUUACCUAGGCCGCUCAAAAGGCUGUAAACCCUGUAAGCAGCGAAGGAAGAAGUGUGAUGAAAUCCGACCUUCAUGCACAACAUGUGUAAAUACGCGGCGGACUUGUGGCGGCUAUGGAAACAAGAAAGCAAUCGCAAUUCAAGAAUACGAUAGCCGAAAGGAAGUGGCACUCCCGAUCAGGUCUGCCGCACGAGAUUUUUCUCUUCCUAUCAGGGAGCGACGUCCCAGGACUGGCACCUUGGCCAAAAUUGCUCUUUCCAAGGAGGUUCCUCUGAGAGAUGUUGAUGAUUUGAACCUUCGAUCCUUCUUACAUGAGUUCUGCAUCACACCCACGGGCCCUGCUACUUCGUAUGGCUUCUUGCGUGAAAUAGAGCCAAGACUGCGGCAGCUGGACGAGCAGUCCAAUCUGGCGAAAGCGUGCAAGAUGGUCGCAAUUGCCAGCCAAGGCACCAAGCUCAAUCGUCCCGCCGUUCUAACGUCCAAGGCCGAGAAAUUGAAUCAUGAGCUGGUCGCGUCUUUGGCUAUUGAUCUCCAGCACCACUCUGCGGCGUCUAGACAAGACGAUCCCCUGGUCGUUAUGUUGCUUGGACUUUAUGAAAUGAUCAUCGCGAAUAAUUCAAGAAAUGGUUUCCACAAUGUACACGCAAGUGGACUUGUCGCUCUCCUCGGGUUAAAGAAUCACCCGAUAUCUGUUUUGGAAGCUCUUCACGAUGGCAAAUCGCUCGGGAGCCUCAGGAAAGGUUUCACGAAUGGCGAGCAAGGUGUACUCGCUAUGCCCAACCACAAAACUUUGACUGAAUCCCUACAAUCCCUGCUGAUCGCACUUUUGAGAAUUGGAGAACGAGUUAAAGUCACCUCGACGGAGGGUCUCAUAGAUUGUGACGAGAAGGUCUGGCUCCUGCGAGAAGCAUUGGAGCUUGAUCAAGAAUUCGCACAAUGGGACGAGUCCCAAGAUCGGACAUACAGACCGAAUAUAAUCGGUCAGGUGGGCCAAGCCAGCACCACCUCUGAGUACAAUGUCGGCUAUUGGCCGGGACGGGUGGACAUAUACUUUGAUCGCUACAUUUCCGGUAUCUGGAAUAUCUAUCGAGCGGCGCGUCUAUAUCUCUCGGAGAUGAUUUCGAGUCUCUCUAAUGGCAAUAGGAACUCAACGACGGAACUCAAACAAGUGCAAGAGAUGGAUGUUCUUGUUCAAGAUGUGUUGUCUUCUAUCCCAUAUCAUCUUACGGACAAUCUUUAUGGAUUCCUAAAUCAGAUUGAUAAUAGAACUCCUCUGGCAAGUGUCGGAAAGGCAGCAUCUGGGGUACUUGUUAUGCAUCCACUGCAUGUUAUUUCGAAUCUCCCGGCUGUGGAUCCUGCUGUUCGGAGUUAUUUGAAGAAAUGUCUUGUCUGGAUUGAAGAGAAUAUGGGAGUUGGACAGGCUUCUAUCUUUGCAAAAUCCUCAACUAUCGAAACCGAAGACUUUGCUAGCAGUUGCACGCUUACGUUAAUUGGCAUGAUGGUUUGA